AGCAAGGGAGUGACGACUAGAGAGAAGGAAGACAUGUUGAGAAAUGGGGGUACAUAAACCGGUUCCGACAGGCUCAGCCCACAAGCCGAGAGGAACGCCAGUCUGCAGGCCCAACCCCGGCUGACUUCUGGUGGCUGUGGCCUGAAUCACCAGACCCCAGCAGUCAACUUGCAGCAGGUACCUGCUUCAGUCUCACUACUCCUGGCCUAUAACCUCUCCUGAGCGAUACCCCCAGCAGCCACUCCUCCUGGCCCCCCCUAAAUCAAUUGGAGCUUCUCAACAGGAGCCAAUGAACCAGAAGGAAGACCCAACACAGCAGUCCCGACUCGUGCCAAGGUGGCCAGUGCAUCACAGACUAUGGCCCCCCUUCAGGAAAUAAAGCAGAGCCUCAACACGUGGAACUCAUCCCUGCUGGACUUGGAGACACUGAGCCUGCAAAGCAGAGCUGCCAGGCUGCUCAAACGCAGCAAGGCCUCCAUCUCUUCCUCCUCCUCCCUCAGCCCCAGCGAUGCCGGCAGCUCCUCAUUCCCCCUCAGCUCUGAUGGCCUCUCUCCCUUCUCCAUGACCUUCACUCCUGACUCCAGCAAGGGCUCUGACCCCGAGGCACAAGCAACCCCAGCACCUGCCCCCAUCCCUACUCCAUCCCCAGUCUCCUCCCGGGCACCCCUGCGGCCAGAGGAUGACAUUCUGUACCAGUGGCGGCAGCGGCGCAAGCUUGAACAGGCUCGAGGAAGCCAGGGUGAUGGAACCUGGGUGCUGCCCCAGACCCCUGCCCUCACCCCUACGGUCCCUAUCCCCAUCUGUCUACAGACCUCUCCUGCCCCUGCGGAGACCCUUGGUUCCCUGGGAACGCAGCCUAACUGCAUCCCACUGUGGGGCAGUGUGGCUCCACCUGGUCCCCGGGAAGCCUUCCGCUUGGAGAGGCCUCCUAUUCCCCCAGGGUUCUCUCCACAUAUCUUUUGGGGCCCCAGUCCCCAUGGAUUCUUCUGGGCCCCGCAGCCCGGUCCCUGGGUAUCUCUUGGGGCCAUCCCUCCCACGGCCGCGGCCUCCACCCCAGCGCCCCCAGCCUCCACUCCUGCGCCUCCAGCCUCAACCACUGCGACCUCUGCCUCCACUCCCGCGCCCCCUGCCGCCCCCCAGGGCCCGCCCACCCCUGCACCAUGCAGCCCAGCCGAGCUCGAGAGGCAGAGCUCCAAGCCUCGAAGAAGCAGAGCCCAACGCCGGGAGUCCGCUGGGCGAAUCACGGCAGCGGCAGCGGACGAGGGCCCUGGCCCGCAGCUCAGAGGCGCGCUGGGCCAAGUAGUGGCGGCUCGGCUGUUUCCGGCCAGCCUGGAGGACACACCCCCUCGCCAAGAGGGCCCGCCUCCACCCGAGGCUGAAUCUCAGAAAGUCAAGGCCACACGCCCUCAAACCGAGACUCUGUCCCCUCGUUCAGAGGUCACGGCCCCUCCAUCUGAAUCACGGUGUCCCCAGGCAGAGACCCCGCAGGGUCGGUCUAAGGCCGAGUCUCGGAACGCCAAGGCCAUGCUCCCCCUAGUGGGAUCGGUGCCUAGGAAGGACAAAGACACUUUCUUGGCUGAAGUCGGGUGUAAGCCGCCCAAGGUCCGGCCCCCUCCAGCUGAGGAGGCGGCCACUUGUGUUAAGGCCCUGUCCCGUCCGUUCAAGGAGGGGGCUCUUGAAGUUGUGGCCACGCCCUCAUCCGCUGAUGGCCACGCCCCCUCAGAGGACCUCCUCUUCCAGGCUGCCAGACUUCUGCAGGCUGCGGAAGACUCCGACGGCAGCGAGUUCCAGGACGACCCUAUACUGCAGGUGCUAAGGGUUCAAAGGGCGGAGCUGCGGCGGCAGAAAAGGAAAGUGGAUGCCCAGAUAUCCCGCCUGCUGGGCCACACUGAAGACCCAGGGUCUUGGUCUCCUCCAGCCAGGUCGCCUCCCGAGUCCCCAAGGAUGCGGCUGAGGAGGGAAGGAGCCUCUCUUGAGGCCAGACGACUUUGAAUUGUACAGAUUCUAUUUUUCCCAAUAAAUUUUUUUUUCAGGUUA